GCUGCUGUUUGUCGUCGCUAAAGCGGCGCUUUAGCUCAGCAGAGACACACUAUACAGAGAGCGUGAUGUGAGACAGACACAUUUUAAUGACUCUCAUGGACGCUACAGGAUUAAUACCAACUGCAACAAUACUGUGGAUACAUAUUUGUACCAGAAUACCGACAUUUCUGUCUCUCUUUUUUUUUUUUUUUUACAUAAACCUAUUUGUUUUUCUCAUCACGUUAACGGACAGAGGAAGUUUCUUCACUGGAAGAUUUGUAUGAGGAGAAGCAGCUCGCGCAUCACUCGAGCGAUUUUUUUUAUUUUAUUUUAUUUUUAUUUCUUUUUUAAAUCUCUCCGACAUUUCCAACUAAAUUUGUAUAUUUUCGCUUUUUUUGUGUCUCAGUAAUGGUGCUUUUCUUUCUUUUCUCUUUUUUUUUUAAUUGAGUGUGUCAGGUCUGCAGCAGGUUCAGCAGCUCUGUGUUGGACGUGUGUGUGUGUGUGUGUGUGUGUGCGCGCGCUGCUGAAUUAGUUCAUCUCCUAGUGAGAAAUUAAAAUUAAUGGAGGGAUUAAAGAAAGCCGGAUAUCCCCACAUUCCGUGAGGACAAAUCUCGGAUUUUUUUUGAAGUUUUUAUUUGUUUGUCUUUUUUUUUCCCGGAGAAUUACUGGUGGAGGAGAUCCAGAAACCAUGAACAGCGUCACGGAGCUUGAAGACGGACCGCAGCACAAGGCUCAGAGGAGGAGCUGUAGUUACCUCCUGUGCACCAUUCUGCUCUUCAUUGCCGUGCUACUGGCUCUCACGGUAACAGGCACCAUCCUCUUAAUGAACCACUCCCAGGCACCCUCAGGCCCCGAUGCUCCGCCCCUUAUCACUACCAAUCAGGAUGAAGGCAACGCCCUGGUGACAGUGGAGAGAGGCGAUGGCUCCCGCAUUAACAUCUUCAUCGAGCCCAACUGCCCCGACUAUAACAGCAACUUCCUACGACUAGAGGGGGUCCAGACAUCACUGCUGCACUCGCUCAGCCACCAUGACACAGACCUGAAGUCCGUGAAGGGACAGGAGAGAGGGCUUCUUGUCCAACUGGCCGAGGAGAUCGCUAAGCUGUCGGCCCACAUUAAUCAGCUGAAGGCGGAGUACAGCACGCUGAGGCAGGGCCAGAGCAGCAUCAGCCAGGAGAUCAGCAUGCUGCAGACCGAGCAGGCCAGGCUCGUCCAGCUGUUGUCAGAGACUCAGAUCAACAUGAUGAAGGUUGUGAACUCUCUGCGUGACAUGCUAGACUCGGUGCAUAAGGACGCUGGUGGAGAGAGAGGACUCCUGAAAGCGGAUCUGCUUCAGAGGGCUCCGGCACGCAGUGGCAUCCAGCCCAGAGGCUGUGCCAGAGGAGAUGGCUCCCAACCGAGAGACUGCAGUGAUAUCUAUGCCAGUGGACAGAGGGAAGACGGGAUCUAUUCGGUGUUUCCUAUCCACUUCCCGUCAGGCUUCCAGGUUUACUGCGACAUGAGCACUGAGGGAGGUGGCUGGACGGUGUUUCAGCGCAGAGAGGAUGGCUCUGUAAAUUUCUACAGGGACUGGGCUGCAUAUCGUGAGGGCUUCGGGAAGAUCACAGGGGAGCACUGGCUUGGUCUGAAGCGGAUUCAUGCCCUGACCAUUCAGGCUAAUUAUGAGUUGAGGAUUGACAUGGAGGACUUUGAGAACAGCACUUCCUUCGCGCAGUAUGGAUCCUUCGGAGUUGGAUUGUUCUCCGUUGACCCGGACGAGGACGGCUACCCGUUGAGCAUAGCGGACUACUCAGGAACCGCUGGUGACUCAUUGCUCAAACACAACGGCAUGAAGUUCACUACAAAGGACAAGGACAACGAUCACUCGGAGAACAACUGUGCCUCCUUCUACCACGGAGCCUGGUGGUACCGAAACUGCCACACGUCCAACCUGAAUGGACAGUACCUACGCGGCCAGCACUCGUCCUACGCCGAUGGCAUCGAGUGGUCCUCCUGGACGGGCUGGCAGUACUCCCUAAAAUACACGGAGAUGAAAAUCAGGCCUAUAUGCGAGGAAAAUUAGUGAGUGAUGGACAAGGAAAGAACAUUGCUAAUGCAAAAAAAAGGAGAAAAAAAAAGAAAAAAGAGUUGGGCUCUAGGUGUUAGAGCAACUAACUACACAAGAGAAGUGAACUGUCUAGGAGCCAUUAGCCCAGUAUGAACUGUUCCUCUCUCUGACAUCUCAACAGCACAAUAAAGGAAAGAGCACAAUUACUGAGACUUUUAUCAGUGGUGGAGUGGUGAUACUAUGCCCUUGUUCAUCAAGAGGAAUUACUCCCAGUAAACCAGUACAAGAACAACAAGGUGAAGGAAUCAUUCAAUCUAUGGGAAAUGAUCAAGAAAAAAAAAAAAACACAUCAAGAACGUCAGUUUGAUUGAAGCUGUUCUCGACUGCUACAGAGUGGAUUACUAUGAAUGUCUUUAUUAAUGGUUGACGGAGCACAGUGGACUCUUUGCAGUACAUUCUUUUAGCAGAAUAAUUGGCCUGUAAAUAGUUUAAUUGAUCCCCCAGAGCUUGGCUUUAUUCACUUUGUAAAUGAACAUCUCCAUGUUCACUUCUCCAUGCAGCAGAGCAAAGGUAGCCUUUUUCCACCAACACUGUAUUGGGUGCUGGUUCCGAAGCUGUUUUUAGCAUGAAUAGAUAAAUCAUUAACACAUCUACAUCUAGCUCAUCUUCAACAUUCUAGUUGUUAUUAACGGUUCUUCAUGUUCUACAUAUAGAUCAGAAUCACCAUUAUUUUUUUGAGUAUUGUAAGUUUUACAUGUACAAGGAAUGAAUCGAAUAAACAUAAAAAAAAAUAUAAAACGUUGACACAAAAGGAAUCAUUAACUGUAUAAGUGCAGGAUAUACAAAAGUGAACCAGUUCAAAGGGUAAAUUGCAAAUGCUACAUGCAGUGCAGAUGAAAUAUUAACUGUUAAUUAGUGGACCAGUGCAAAUGCCCACAGAUCAAGGUAAGAAGGUGCAGGUGCAGUAUGGCUGUCUGCGUUGGGUGCAUUAUUAUAAUAUAUAAUAUAGAUAAGGGAGUUGUUUUUGAUAAGGCAAAAUGCUGAUAGAAAGAAAGUGAAAGCUGUUGAAAAAUCGAGAGUGGAUGUUAAAAUGAAUCAAAUUGGGACCAGUGUAGAUAUUUUCAUACCUAAUACCCGGGUUUCCAUUUGGGCUGAAGUUAGUUAAAAGCAAAGCUUUGGUUAGGAUUGUGGUAGCAAUGGGGUAUGGUCAAGCACAGCCUAUAAAUGGGAGGAGGAGAGAGCAGAGAACGAGUGUGUGAUGGGUGGUUGGUGACAGCUGUGUGUGGUUAAGAAUAAAGUGUAUUUAUACAUUGUGUGUGUUGCAGUAAGUGAGUGUUGAUGUCAAGAGUGAGAGUCCAUGCAGGAUGAGCUGACCUUACCAUGAGCAGACAACAACAGUGAAAUAGUGUGCUUGCUAGGAUAUAACCAAAUAUGAAUAUAAUAUUCAGUAUUUCUUUUUUUAGUUAUUUCCAUAUUUAUUUAUUUAUUCUUUUAGAACGCUUGCCAGAAGUCAGAAUGAAGUAAAUUAACAGAUGAGACUUUCUCAUUUGCUAAUUUUGUUCUUUCAUACCAAGGGAUGAUUUAGAGCAGUCAACAGACCUAGAGGUGCAAGAAAACCAGAGAAAACAUAUGGCCAGAACACUAGACAGUAACGGUCAGUAAUAUUAAGUCAUGGAGUCAUCCUGGAGAUGUGAGGCACUGUGCUGUCCACUACAUGUCACGCAAACAUAAAAGAACAUACAGAAUAUAUGUAUAUAUUUUUUAAACUAUAGUUUUGAUAAUAAUCACUGAUGGAUCGAUCACGGAAGUGGUCCCAGAAAUAUGUACUCAUUAUUUUACAAAAUUUGACUCUGGAAUGGUUCUCUGUUUAACCGGUGAGCCGAAAAUGGAUCUCUGACAGCACCAGCUCCAGCAGUGUUUCGGUGGAAAAAGGUGUAGCUUGCUAACAUUUUUGUUCUUUGUCUAUCUACUGAAUGUUAAAAACGAAACAUUCCCAAUCAUAACAUUUGCUAGAGAUACUGUACUUCUGUUCCGGUCCAGAUAAAAUCAGAUGCAAAGAACAAGCACAGCACAAGCUAACUGAUGUGUCUGGAUUGGUCUGAGCUUGAAAAUCAGUAUGACUUCUAAGAAAAUAUCACCAGUUAUACCAGUAAAACUGAAGUCUGCUGUUUUUUUUUUUUUUUUUUUCAUGCUUUGUAUUGACCCUGAAAAAAAUAAUAAGGCACAGUGUUGUGGGCGUUUCAUCCUAUUUAUGUUUGUAUCCUAACAUUGCUAAACGUUUGUUAAAUAAUAUUG